AAAAAAAACAAAACAAAACAAAACACACGCACACUUGUACGGAAAAAUGUUUGGACAUAACUCAUUAUAUUAUUAUAAGUAGAUCACGUGUGGUAUAAAUACAGCAGUAGCAGCAAGGUUUUGAUCAAUAUAAUUCUGUGAGGAACAGAUCGCGUGCAACUUAAAUCCAACAACAUAAUGGUUUUUAAGGUUGUUAUUUCGGCUUCAGCCGUCUAUGCCGCCGUCACCGGAUCUCCGGUGUACCCAUCAUCCACCUACUCGGCACCUGUCCCGCGCAGUUUCAAGUAUAACGUAAACGACCCGUACACUUACGACGUCAAAGGCCAACGCGAGUACAACAACGAAAACGAUUACGUCAAGGGUUUUUACAGCCUUCUGGAGAUCAACGGUUCCACGCGCACCGACGAAUAUACCACCGACGAUCGCAGCGGUUUUAACGCCGUCGUCAAGAACGAAUCAAAGGUCCUGUCGUAUUCGACACCAGCGCACGAGGCACCGUACGGCGUCCCCGACUUUUAAACCGGCUUAGUGAUGAAGAAACGGCUGUCACUUACUACGCGUGUCACCGUCACGCGUGAUGCGUUCAAUCUCCUAUAAUUUAUUCCGAUUUUUCAAUUUACCGUCGUUUUGUUUGUUUGCGGCGGUAGAUUAAAAAACUAUGCGCCCGUCAAGAAAAUGACAUUUGUUUUUUGCUGUUCCUGUAAUCACCGUUACAACAGCGCACGCGUACUACUGCCGCGACUGCCGCGACGACGAUUCGAAAAACCGUUUCGUCGCCACCGCCGAAAAACACUCGAGCCCCGAGUUCGGUUGACAGUUCGGAGUGUUGAGCUUACGGCCGCAAUUACAUGUUCGGCAAAUUUGGGUAAUCAGAGGAAUUACGUCCAUUGAGAUGCAGUUGCAUUCGACUGCACGAUUAUUCAUAAUUAAUUUAAUAAUGCACUUAUGCAGGGUCUCCAGUUUUCUCGGAGACAUUACGGAGAGACCUUGUCAUUAUAAUAACGCCGUUAGGAAAAUUAUUUCG